AUGGAAGGACUCGGCGUCGCUACCAGUAUUUUCGCGGUCAUAGAAUUGUCAGCCAAGGUCGCGUCGUUAUGCUUGCAGUACUCCACAGAUGUCAAGCACGCGAAGGACGAUAUCCUCCGACUGCGCGGACAAGUAACCGACCUGGAAAAUGCCUCGAGGACUAUCCACGAGUUACUCGAAAGGCCAAAUAGCGCGAGGCUCAAGGCUUCUCAGCAGCUACGCAUGGCAAUUCGUAGUAGUCAAUCGCAGCUACAAAGUCUUCAUGAUAACCUUCGCCCAAGGACAACUCGCCAGGCAAUGAGCCGGCUUGGACUUCGCUCUCUGAAAUGGCCAUUCCAGAGUAAGGAUAUCGAGAAGAUCGUCCAAGACCUCGGUCACUAUACACAGACCAUUCUUCUAGCGCUUCAGGUAGACCAAACAACUAUCCUGCUUAAUAUCGAUCAGAAGAUAGUACUCGACCGACUCCCUGUUGCUGUGGGAGCCUCCUUCGACUCCCUUGCCGAAGAACAAAACCCAACGUGCUUGUCAAACACGCGAACCGAACUCCUCGAUCACAUAAUUAAGUGGGCAAAGAAUUCGGACUCUGAGUCCAUCUUCUGGCUGAAUGGUAUGGCGGGCACUGGGAAGUCAACCAUUUCCCGCACUAUCGCCCAUUUUUUUGCUAGCACUGGCGACCUAGGCGCCAGCUUUUUCUUUAAGAGAGGGGAGGGUGACCGAGAGAACCCGGUUAAGCUUUUCACGACAAUAGCCGCUCAACUAGCAACGAAGAAACCCGCUAUCGCUCCUUAUAUCAAGAACGCCAUUGAUGCCGACCCCACUAUUAGCGACAAGGGACUAAGAGAACAGUUUGACAAACUUAUCUUGCAGCCUCUAUGCAGGGUCUCACCAAAUGCUGGAAAAGCCGAAUCUAUUGUAAUAGUUAUUGAUGCCCUAGAUGAGUGCGAUCCAGAAGAUAAAGUCAAACUUAUAAUUCACCACCUUGGCCGUGCUAAAAGCUUAGGGUUAAAAGUAUUCGUCACUAGCCGGCCAGAGCUUCCAAUUCGUCUGGGCUUUUCUGCGAUUAAGGGUCAAUAUCAAGACCUCAUUCUUCACGAAAUACCCACGCCAGUAAUAAAGAACGACAUAUCACUUUUCCUAGAGCAUGAAUUAGCAACAAUUCGAGAAAGCUAUAAUAGCUCAGUGCCGGAAGACAGACAACUAAACGCAGACUGGCCCAGUCAAUCUAGUGUCGACGCCCUGGUAACAAUGGCAAUUCCACUCUUCAUUUUCGCCGCUACUGUGUGUCGUUUUAUCGCCGAUCGUAAAGGCGGAAAAGGCCCCAAGGCACGACUUCACACAAUCCUAGAAUAUAAGACUAAAAGCCAAGAGUCCAAGCUUGAUGCAACUUAUCUACCUGUCCUUAAUCAGCUGCUCGUCGGGCACUCUGGGCGAGAGCGUGACGAGGUUCUGGAUCAAUUUCAACAGAUUAUUGGUUCAAUCAUACUUCUUGCAACUCCCUUGUCAACUUCUGCCCUAGCACAGCUCCUUGACAUUUCUAAAGAUACUAUCGAUAAUGGAUUAGAUAUGCUUCAUUCGGUCUUAAGCAUCCCGCCAUCAGCAGAGGCUCCAGUAAGACUACUGCAUCUCUCCUUCCGCGACUUUCUAGUGGAUCCUGGAAAGCAAGGACAUAACCCGUUCUGGAUUGAUGAAUCGCAAAGUCACGUAAGAAUAGCAGAUGCCUGUCUACGAAUUAUGAAGAAAUAUCUCCGGCAAGACAUCUGUGGUCUACGACCAUUAGGGCUGGAAGGCUCUAUAAUUAACAGCCAAAAGGUUAAUGAAAAUAUUCCUGCUGCGGUCAAGUACGCCUGCCGGAAUUGGACAUAUCACCUCCAAGGUGCAGGAAAUCAAGUUAGCGAUUAUGGAGAAGUUUUUCAAUUCCUAAAGCAGCAUUUCCUACACUGGGUCGAGGCGCUAAGUUUAAUACGACAAGCACCAGAAAGCAUUGAUUCACUUAAGAGUUUACAAGCCCUUCUACAGGAGGACAGUGAUAAUGAAUUAUCUGACUUUUUGAAGGACUGCCUGCGGAUUCUUCAACUUAAUCUAUCAAUCAUUAGCACCGCACCUCUUCAAAUAUAUUCUUCAGUCCUUAUAUUUACUCCACGCACGAGUAUUAUUAGGAAUCAAUUUAAGAACGCGAUACCUAACUGGAUAUAUCUCAAGCCAAGGACAGGGAGUAACUGGGAUCAAUGCAUGCAGACACUUGAAGGCCAUAGCGGCGGGGUUCGGUCCGUGGCCUUCUCGCCCGACUCGACGCUGGUGGCAUCAGCCUCAUACGAUAAGACGGUACGGCUAUGGCGCGCUGACACGGGCGAGUGCGUGCAGACACUCGAAGGCCAUAGCCACUGGGUUCUGUCCGUGGCCUUCUCACCCGACUCGUCGCUGGUGGCAUCAGCCUCAGACAAAACAGUACGGCUAUGGCGCGCUGACACGGGCGAGUGCGUGCAAACACUCGAAGGCCAUAGCAGCUCGGUUGAGUCCGUAGCCUUCUCGCCCGACUCGACACUGGUGGCAUCAACCUCAUACGACAAGACGGUACGGCUAUGGCGCGCUGACGCGGGCGAGUGCGUACAUACAUUCGAGGGCUAUAGCGACGCGGUUCGGUCCGUGGUCUUCUCACCCGACUCGACGCUGGUGGCAUCAGCCUCAGGCGAUAAGACAAUACGGUUAUGGCGCGCUGACACGGGCGAGUGCGUGCAGACACUCGAAGGCCAUAGCCACUGGGUUCUGUCCGUGGCCUUCUCGCCCAACUCGUCGCUGGUGGCAUCAGCCUCAUGCGAUAAGACGGUACGGCUAUGGCGCGCUGACACGGGCGAGUGCGUGCAGACACUCGAGGGCCAUAGCGUCACGGUUUGGUCUGUGACCUUCUCACCCGACUCAUUACUGGUAGCAUCAGCCUCAAACGAUAAGACGGUACGGCUAUGGCGCGCUGACACGGGCGAGUGCGUGCAGAAAUUCGAGGGCCAUAGUGAGUCAGUCCGGUCUGUGUCCUUCUCACCCGACUCGUCGCUGGUGACAUCAGCCUCAGAGGAUAAGACGGUACGGCUAUGGCGAGCUGACACGGGCGAGUGCGUGCAGACACUCGAGGGCCAUAGUAAGUCAGUUCAGUCAGUAGCCUUCUCACCCGACUCGUCGCUGGUGGCAUCAGCCUCAGACGACAAGACGGUACGGCUAUGGCGAGCCGACACGGGCGAGUGCCUACAGACACUCAAUAUUGGGGGUAGAUCUCGCCUAUCGUUUAAACCUACUCAUGUACAGCUUAUUACGGACAUGGGCGCAUUCACUACGACAGGAAGUAAUUAUAUUUUUCAUGCUACUGGCUAUGGAUUUAGCGAUGAAUGGGUUACGUGGAAUGGAAACAACCUGCUCUGGCUGCCAGUGGAAUAUCGGCCAGCGUGCAGCGCUGUGAGUAACUCAACUGUAGUAGUUGGCUGGGACACUUAG